AGAUAAAAUUUGUUUCUAGGAACCUGUAAUCAGCUAACAGUAGGAUCAAAUCUAACAGCGGUCCAACCUGAAAACGCACUUUCCACAAUAGACUCUUGAUUUAUUUCAGUUCAUGCGAAGUAGUUUGGGAUUUUGUACCAGAGAACGACACAGUGGUUGAAAAUGGCAUCCAGACAUUCUUUCCCUGAAGAGGAUUUCACUUGUCCUGUGUGCUUUGAUAUCUUCGACCAUCCUGUCAUCCUCACAUGCAGCCACAGUUUCUGUCAAACAUGUCUUCAGGAAUACUGGAAAGAGAAGACAUUUCGGGACUGUCCUGUUUGUAGAAAUGUAUUUCUAAUGAACGAGCCUCCCUGUAAUCGGGCUUUGAAAAACAUUUGUGAGGAUUUUUUGAAGGAGAGGAUCUGGAAGGUUCCAGCAGAGUGUGAGGAUUUAGUGAAGGAGAGGAGUCGGAGCACGUCAACAGGGUCCGAGGUGCUGUGCAGUCUGCACCAUGAGAGACUCAAGCUCUUCUGCCUGGAAGACGAGGAACCCAUCUGUGUGGUGUGCCAGACCUCCAGAAAACACAGAUCUCACGGCUGUAUUCCAUUAGAUGAGGCUGCUGAGGAUCACAGGAAGGAACUUCAGACUGCCUUACAGCCCUUACAAGAUAAGAUGAAGGACUUGAAUAAAAGCAAGCAAAGCUGUGAUGAAACAUCAGCUUACGUUAUGAUCCAGGUAGAAAACACAGAAAGGCAGAUCAAGCAGGAAUUCAAGAAGCUUUACCAGUUUCUACAAAACGAAGAAGAGGCCAGGAUUGCAGCACUGAGGAAAGAGAAGGAAGAAAAGAGUAAAAAACUGAAAGAGAAGAUUGAGGGAAUAAAUAAGGAAAUAGCAUUAAUUUCAGACCAAAUGCAAGCCAUAAAGGAGGAGCUGAAAGCAGAUGACAUCUCCUUUCUGCAGAACGUUAAAGCCACCAAGAGAAGAGCCCGGUGCAUACUGCAGGUUCCACAGCUGGACUCAGGAGUGCUGAUAGACAUGGCCAAACACUUGGGCAACCUGACGUUGAAAGUCUGGGAGAAGAUGAAGGGAAUGAUCCAAAAAACUCCUAUAAUAUUAGAUCCCAACACAGCCAACCCCUGGUUGUCCCUGUCUAAGGAUCUGACCAGAGUGAAACACCAGGACAGAUGCCAGCAGCUCCCUAACAACCCAGAGAGGUUUAUGAUGUACUAUAAUGUCCUGGGCUCGGAGGGGUUCGUCUCAGGGAAGCACAGCUGGGAGGUGGAGGUAGGGGACCAUCCUCGGUGGACUAUGGGAGUGGCUCAAGAGUCGGUAGACAGAAAGGGGGAGAUAUGCAUAACGCCUAAGUAUGGAAUCUGGCCUAUACACCAGAGGACUGGGGAGUACAAAGAGGCUGAAGGCCAGACCCUCACCCUAAGGAGGAGACCCCAGAGGAUCCGAGUUCAGCUGGACUUCGACAAGGGCGAGCUGUCCUUCCACGACUCCAAGGACAUGACUCACAUCUACACCUUCAAACACAAGUUCACUGAGAGAGUGUUCCCAUUCCUCUCCAUUGGAGCAGCUGGUGAUGCCAAAACCUCAGACAUACAGAUCUGCCAAAUAUAGAAUCCAAGUUUCCAUACUAGUAAAUUCUAGAUGUCCCUAAUAAGUAAGGAAAGUCUAAACUUGUGAUUUACAUGUCUGCCAUGUCUCUGACAGUAAUGUCAUCCAAGUGGGUGUGUUUGUGAGUGUAAAAAUAAAAUGUCAUAGUCAUUGCAACAACGCAAUCUUAAACUAACUUGUAUUAAAACUG